UCUUUGAAUUUAAAUUAUACAAUGUCGGAGAAAAUUACGAAAAAUUCACAGCUGUCAGUGCAGUCGUUGAAUUCUUCAGAGUAUGCAACCACUCCCAAUCAAUUGGAGUCCCUAUUGGAGAUUAGUAGUAGUUCUGUCAAUAAUAUUGCCAGCUCAAAACCAAUACCUAAUGAGAAAGAAGUAAAGCGUAUUGUGUUGAAAACAUUGGAACAGUUGCAAUCAAACUUUGAGCUCGGAGAUGUUAAUACACUGAUGAAUCUGAUUGUUCCCAAGGUGCUUUUGGAUCUGCAAUCUCAUGAAAAUCUGCACGAGGAAGUGCAGAGUAUUAAACAGUCACUAAAUUCUCACCUACAACACUCUAAAGUUGUCAGCGAAGACAUUGCUGAAAUCUUUCUAGACUUACACAACAUUUAUUCAAAGCUAGAGAAGAUUGAUAAGCAUGAGAAGAAGAUGACAAAUGAUAAAAAAUUCAUGAAACGCAUAUCAGAAGCUAACGAAUUCUUGAAAUCUACCAAGCAUUACAUCAAUAAUGAUGAGCGCCAAUUGGGAGGAACCUCGGAUACGUUUGCCACUUCAUCGACCCCCAAUGUCACAUCCUCCAGCCGAACAGAUGACAAUAUUUCCAGCAGCGAUGCGAUAAAGGCCGAUAAACGCACUUUUCUCACCAAUAUGAUCAUGGUUAAGAAGUCGGACUACUCUCUAGAACUUAAUCGCAAUAAGCAGUUCUAUACGGAAGCCGAAAGAGCCCUAAAGUCUACAACAAAAGCCACUAAUGAUUCAUCCUAAGAGUACUUGUUAUUUGAAUAAUAAAAUGUGAACUACACAACAUUGAAUAAU